CUGGCUUUUUCAACAAGUCCGGGCCCACGCGGCGGCGGACUGACGCGGACGCUCCGUCUUCCGGUGGCGGCGCGGGAGCUUUUCCGGUAGGGUUAGAGUCGGGAGCCGGCGGAGAAAUUCCCCUCCGCCCAAACUUGAAACCGCAAAACCCACCGAUGCCGCGCCCAAAGCGCCCGCCGCCUGGCUUUUUCGAUGAGUCCAGGCACAAGCGGCGGCCGACGGCGGCGGACGCGGGCGCUCCGUCUUCCGGUGGCGCCGCGGGAGGAGCGGGCAGCUGCUGCGAUCUCAGCCGCGCGUUCGGGCGCUGCCGCGCGCUCCUGGACGACCUGCUGCGGCACGACGACGGGUGGGUAUUCGAGGCCCCCGUGGACGCGCGCGCCCUCGGCCUCCGCGACUACUACACCGUCAUCGCCGACCCCAUGGACCUCGGUACCGUGCUCCGCCGCCUCGAGCGCCGCCGCUACGCCGACCCGUCCGCGUUCGCCGCCGACGUCCGCCUGACGUUCCGCAACGCCAUGUCCUACAACAACCAGGGCGACCCCGUGUACGAGAGCGCCGCCGAGCUCUCCGGGAUAUUCGAGGACGGCUGGGCCUCCAUCCAAACAGAGCUCCUGCCCCCGCCGCCGACGGACGCCGAGCGCAAGGUGAGGUUCAACGACGAUCUGACGGGGCUGCCGGUGGCCGCGCAGCGGACCGUGGCCGGGGUCCUGAAGAACCGGGGUGCGUGCCUGGUGGAGAAGAAUGGGAAAGUGGAGGUCGAUCUGGGCAAGGUGGAUGCCGCGACGUUGGAUGAGCUCGGUCGACUGGUCGCAAAGCAUCGCGCCACUGGCACUGACGUGGAUGCCCGGAGCCCCCGAUCCAGUUUGCAGGAUCCAUGAGCGCUGCCAAUCUGAAGAACCAACCCCCAAUAGGUGAUGCAUGGUUUUACCUGAGUAGCCUACUGCAUUGAUCUAGCUGCUUCCAAUAUAGCACUGGUCAUGCUGUCAUGCUGUAGUCCCAAAUUCUGGUGGCUUGGACUCGACUUGAACGCACCUUGUCAUAGUUAUUACUGAUCGUGCAUUUUGGGGGUUUUCAUUGGAUUACCCUGUGGUAAAAAUGUUACCUUUUGUAUUGAUGGAGGUGCCUUGCUAGCUGUUGUAUGUGCAUAAUUGAGUGUUCUGAUCCUAAAAUACUUUGGGGAUCAGGCGGAGGAAUGGGAAGGAAAAUCAAAGAUUUGCUUAAUUAUAAGAUGUAUGUGAAGUACAUCGGUGUAAUAUUUCUCGUGUAUGAGGUAUUUGUAAUUUGUCCAUUGUGGUCUAUAGACUGGUGAUUAGUAGAGCAGAAAGUAAUUCUUGCAUAUAAAUGAUAUGCUAGUAUACAUCUUUGACCAAAAGAUGUGCCACUGAAA